AUGAGUCCCGGUCGGUCAAAACUGGCUCAUCAUUAUGUGGAUGGAACUAGCACAGUGCAUAUAAAUAUGAUGGAUGAGGCACCGCCACUUGAAAGUGAGGUUGAAAAGAAAGCGAGGGAAAACGGUGUCUCUGGGUCACCUUCACGUCGUAAUGAUCGCCCAGAAUCUCCACAAAUUUGUACUGUGAUGCCCUCUGAAAGUACGACCAGCACGGCUACUAUUAAUAUGAAGAAUGAUGACUUCACUCCAGUUCGUCGAGUUGCUGAAACUAAGAAAGGUCAGACACGUGUAUGGGCUUGGGGUUCAACAGGAGAAGAGAAAUGGAAUCCGGACAUGGAAAUUGGAAUGGAUUGGAAGUCACUUGUUAGGUCCGCUUUGCUUCCCAUCACAACCGAUUAUUUUCCUGACAGGCUUACACUUAUAAGUGACUAUCUGUAUACAGAACAUCAAAUAUCUGUUGUCCAUGAGCACGGAUCGCGUGUAAAAAUGGAUAUUAAUCAGCUAUCACGACUAGUUUUCGACCAGUUGAUCUGUCAACGACUUCAGCGAGGAUUUCAGAUUAUUUUAAUGUCAAAGCCAUUGAUCCAUGUAUGA